CCCAGCAUGCUCAUCCAGCAUCCCACUGAGCACCAUGUGACUGAUAUUCCUUUUCUCUUCCUGAUACAGAGAAAUGGGGUCCAGUCACUGAGGGGAAACAGGGGCACUUUGUGACUCUCAAACCCAGAAAUCAGUGAUGGCGGCGGCUGCAGAUCUGAGAGACGAGUUGAACUGCUCCGUGUGUCUGACUAUUUAUUCUGAUCCGGUGAUGCUGCCGUGUGGGCACAACUUCUGCCAGGGCUGCAUUGUGCAGGUGCUGGACACCCAGGAGGCCACUGGGGGGGUCUAUACUUGCCCAGAGUGCAGAGCUCAGUAUAUGGAGCGCCCGGCUCUGCAGCGGAACAGAACUCUGGGGAAUAUAGCGGAGCGAUUCUUUUGUGCUCAGCCCGAGCCGGACGGGACGGGGAUCUUCUGCACUUACUGUAUUCACUCCCCUGUACCUGCAGCCAAGUCCUGUCUCCUGUGUGAGGCUUCUCUGUGUGAGUCCCACGUGCGAGUGCACAGCAGGUCGGCGGAACAUGUACUGACUACUCCCACAGCUGCCCUGGAGAUGAGGAAAUGCUCCGUCCAUCGGGAGCCCCUCAAGUAUUACUGCUACGUGGAUUCCUCUUGUAUCUGUGCGUCCUGCUGUCUGGCCGGCCAACACAAGCGCCACAGGGUGGAACUGCUGAGCGACGCCUCCGAGAAGAAGAAGGAGAAACUGAGGAAGGUUCUGCUGAACUUGCCCUUGAUGAUAGAGGAGGCGGAGCGAGGGGGGUGGAGGCUGCAGGAGCGCAGGAGGGAAGUGCAGGAACAAGCGGCUGCUGAGACUGAGCGAGUCGUCGCAUUAUUUGUCGACAUCAGGGAGCGGCUGGAAGCCCUGGAGCAGCGAGUCCUGAGAGAGGUCGCCCGGCAGGAGGAGGAGCUUUCAUUGCAGGUUUCUGAACUGAUCCAACAGCUGGAGUUAAAGAAGGAGGAGCUUUCCAGGAAGAUUCUUCAGACUGAGGAGCUGUGCAACAUGGCGGAUCCAUUGGCCGUCCUACAGGCAGGGGAAUCAGACAGAGCAGAGGAUGAUGGGGGGAGAGAGGGCAGUGACCCCAAGGUCCUUACUGUGGGGGAUCUGGAUAAGGAUCUGAUCUCAGAGACGUUGCACUCUGGCCUAGACAGCAUUGUCACGGUGGCCAAGGGAUGGGGGGUGUAUGGGAAGGGGGCUACACACAUACGACUGGAUAUAGACACCGCUAGUAACAAUGUCGCCGUGUCCGAGGACCGGAGAACUGCGUCAUGGACAUCGGCCAAUCAGCUCAGGCCCCAGACGCCUUCCAGAUUUAUCGGUUACCAAGUUCUCAGCAACAACUCCUUCACCUCGGGGCAAUAUUUCUGGGACAUGGAGGUGAGUGAGUCUGGGAGCUGGAGGGUCGGGGUGGCCUAUCCCAGUAUCGGGAGGAAAGGGAACCAGUUCUGGAUUGGGAAUAACAUCAAGUCGUGGUGUUUAUGGAGGUGGAACAACGGCUACUCGGUCAGACACGACAGUCACGGAACUGAUCUGCCCCACGUCCCCUCCUGCACCAGAAUCAGAAUCUCAUUGGACUACCAGGCCGGACGUCUGUCCUUCUAUGAACUCGGUGAGCCAAUCACACAUCUCCACACCUUCACUGCCUCCUUCACUGAGCCCCUCCAUGCGGCAUUCUGGGUAUGGAAGGACACCCUAAGGGGACAUUCCCUGGUGAAAGUGAUCAGCUAGGGCUCCCCAAAUAAUAAGCAAAAUAACACUGGAUUUGUAUCAGCGCCCCAGAGCAAGUGGGGUGCCCCUGACUCUCAUAACAGCAGUUUCUGAGCAGUGUCACCAUAUAUUUAUAUUUAUUGCCUUUCAGUUGGUUGUAUAUAAACAAAAUGUUAAUAUAAUGUUUUAACUGAUUAUGAUAGGACGAUGAUGUAUUUUAGGCUAUUUUUGGGUGAAAUGUUUAUUCAACAAAAGUGAUUUUAGACAUGAGGUUUAUAGAUGAUUAGUUGCAGUACCGCUUCCCACCACUUUGCUUCAUAGGACUGCAAUAGAACAGCGCCACCCUCUGAGUUACACUGCAGAUAAGGGUUUUUGAUGUUUUUUUUUGAUGUUUAAUAUGGAAUCAGUAUUGAACCAAUCGUUGCCAAGGAAUGACAGAUCCCUUGUUGUACUCAGGGCUGGGGGGACCCUUUGGAUUGUUGGCGGUGCCACAAAUAUUCCAUAUUCACCCCCAUUCCCUCUGCCUCGUGCCCUGUACUAUAGGCCCAAUCUCACUGAGCCCCCUUGUGCCCCAGCGCAGGUAGAGACAGGUGCUUGGGAGGGGGAGAUUAAAGGGCAACUUGAUCAUUUUACAACUUACUGAAGUUGGAAAUUAUUUUAUUAGAUUUUAUUUAGAAAAUUUACCAAAUGGAGAUGCCCAUGUGCUGGGAAUGGGAGGAGAAUGUCACCCACUCACUGGCACGGAGUUUAACCCCUUGUGUUCCUCAUUGUAGACUCCAACUCGCUUUAUCCUGCUUUUAAUUGUUUUAUUUACCUACUUACUUACCUACCUUUUAUCUACCUACUUACUUACCUACCUUUUAUCUACCUACUUACUUACCUACCUUUUAUCUACCUACUUACUUACCUACCUUUUAUCUACCUACUUACUUACCUACCUUUUAUCUACCUGUGCUUCAAUAAAGCCUAUUUCAGUCCAA